CCCGCGGAGGAGGAGGAGGAGGCGGAGACUGGGGGGUGAUGGCGGCGCGCAGUGGGGCGGCCUGCCUGGUGCUGCCGCUGUUGUGGCUGCUGGCGGUGCCGCUGCCCGAUGGCGCCCGUGGUUCGGAGGCGGUCGGGACAACAGAGUCGCCGGGCAGCGCAGGCCCCGGGGAACGGUUUAAGAUCGAGGGCCGGGCUGUGGUACCCGGGGUGAAGCCGCAGGACUGGAUUGCGGGGGCCCGGGUGCUGGUGGACGGGGAGGAGCACGUCGGCUUCCUAAAGACAGAUGGAAGUUUUGUGGUUCAUGAUGUACCUUCAGGUUCUUAUGUAGUGGAAGUUAUAUCCCCUGCGCAUAAAUUUGAACCCGUGCGAGUUGACAUAACUUCAAAAGGCAAAAUGAGAGCAAGAUAUGUGAAUUACAUCAAAACGUCUGAAGUUGUCAGGCUGCCAUACCCCCUCCAGAUGAAAUCUUCUGGGCCUCCUUCAUACUUCAUAAAGAGAGAAUCUUGGGGAUGGACAGAUUUUCUAAUGAACCCUAUGGUGAUGAUGAUGGUUCUUCCAUUACUGAUAUUUGUCCUUCUGCCUAAAGUUGUCAACACCAGUGACCCUGAUAUGAGACGGGAAAUGGAGCAGUCAAUGAACAUGCUGAAUUCCAACCACGAGCUGCCAGAUGUCUCUGAAUUCAUGACAAGACUUUUCUCCUCAAAAUCUUCCAGCAAGUCUGGUAGUAGCAGCAGUAAAGCAGGGAAAAGUAGUUCUGGAAAAAGGAGGUAGUUAAGUCUUCCUCCUAAGUCUGAGUUUGCACAACUGUUUGUUAUGUGGUAUCAUGUUUAUUUGUCUUGAAAGAUCAAAAAGUCACUACUGUAAACAUAAAUCAGGCACAAAAUACAGUAUGCUACAACUGUGGCAUGUAGCUUUUUUUUUAGUCUAUAUAAGCUGUUUUGUACUUGACAUUAAGCAAAAGAGGACAUAGCUUCAAUACUGUAUCUGUAUAAAGUUAUUGAUAAUACAUAAUUAUAUUCUGUAGAGAAUUACUAUAAAUUAUAUGAUAUGCUAAAUAGUAAUAAAUGUCUUAAUCAUAAGACAGUGUAUACAAAAAUUUCAAAGGUGAUAGAAGUGGAGUUAAAUCUCAAGAGGUUUGGUGUUUUAUGCUUGCUUUUGAGUUCUGAAAUGAAUAAUCUCCCUUUCAGGUUUGAGUCACGGCUUUCCUGAGUGAUUUGCUAUAUCAGCUUCUCAUGUGUUUCAUACAAAAUAAUUUUAUUUUGCAUUGUUUGCUGUUUAUACACUUUAGUUCAACUUUCCAUUUCUUACUGUCUAGUUAUAUUCUUACCUACUUUCUGCUGAAAUCUCUUUGUGGAGGGAGAAGGCAAGGCAUCCUGCAUCAGAAAGUCUUUCAAGCUAUGCUAUUUUAAUUAUGAAUCCGAGGUACCUGUAUAACAUACCAAUGUAAGAUCUGAUUAUUUUGGAUCUUUCCUUUCUAAAACACAUGUAUCACCUCUGCAACGUUUUGGGUUCUUCCUCUUUUCUGUAUGCUGUGCAUUUAUCUUAUCAGUGAUAUGACUGAGGCCAAAUGCAGAACAAAAUUUUUAAAAUGAAAGAAAAAACCUAGAAGCAUACUAAGAAGGUAAAUCCACUCAUCCUUUAAGUUAAUGUUUAAAGUGUAUGGCUAUAUCUAGGUUAAGUCAGCAGCAAAUCUUUGUUCUUCGAGCAUGCCUGUGUGUCUGUACUUCAGUAUCUUUCCAAGCAACUCAGUAACUUCAGAGGAAAGUUUUUCCACUACAUGAAUAUUUGCAAAUUAAAAUUACAGCAAUACCUGCCAAAUUCCAUUACCAACUGUCUGUACAUUAUUUUUAGCAUAAAUGCUGUUCUUUUACACUUCUACAGUUGCUAACUUCUUAGGUAAUCAUGUCAUGCAGUAUAGGUAAUGUAUAUCUGAUUCAAAAAAUAGUAUUUAACAUUCAACCACAGGACAUCUGCAGAAAAAUCAAUUCUAAUGCAUUUGCUUGUUCUGCCACACACUUGGGGGAGCUAUACAUUGUCUUAAAGUACAUAGUUAAAAGCAUGCUCUGAAACAUAAAAGCUGCAAGAGACUAAGAACUUGUUCAUGGGAUGGAAUCAACUUUUAUUGUGUUAGAGAAGAAAUAAACUUUUGGUUUUUUGACAA